AAGUCCCGUGCUCGCAAUUGAACACCGAUGGCAAAGAAACAGGAUGAGCAGGAAGAAAAGAUCAACGUGCGGGAUCGGCUUUCGGACGAUCUGUUAGAUCUGAGCCUCAUGAACAUUGCCAAAGUGCCCGUGCAUGAGAUUAAACCACUCCGACGUGCCACCAAUCUCGAUCUGUCCAGCAAUCGUAUAACGACGAUCGAAAGCAAUUUCGCGGAUCUCACGCAACUGACAAAGCUAGAUCUAUCGAAGAAUCGCAUCAGCACGAUCUGUGACGAUUUCGGGCUGCUAGUGAACCUGCGCUGUUUGGAUUUGUACAAGAACCAAAUAACGAAACUACCGCUCUCGUUCGGUCGCCUAAAAAACCUCAAGUAUCUCGAUCUGAAGGACAACCCGUUGCACCCAACGUUCAUCAAGCUUAUUGGCACGUGUAGCGAAACGACCGACUGUCUGCUGGCAGCAGGCCGUGCGGUGGAUUUUAUGAAACAAGUCGAGCGGCGUGUCCUGGAGGAUCGCGCGAAGGAUCGAAAGGCACGUGCCGAUGCCCAACUGCUAGCAGAAGCGCAGCAGCAGGUGGAGGAAAAGAAAGCGGUUCCAGUGGAGACGGCUGGUGGCGAGCAGAAGGUUGAAAAAACUAAGCGUAAACGAAAGCAGCAUCCAGCUGGGGAUGGUGCGAUCGCUGGCAAGGGGGAGUUAACGAAAACCGGACGCCCCGCUGAAAGCAUUAUAGAAGCACGUUUUAAUUUGCGUUCAUUGGCGAUUGCAACGGUUUUGAUUUUACUAUUCGUUGUUUUCUGUACGGCUUACGAUUGGGGAAAACUGCUUGUUCUCCCGUUUGUUGUGAUGCUAUUUAAAUACGUUUUUAAGCGAACAAAAUCACACACACUAGAUAUAAAAACUUAG